AUGCGGAAGGUGACUGGAGAGAAGUGGUCAGGCGGCCGGCCUUCUGCGCAGGCGCAGUCAAGCCAAGGCGGCGUCACGGGAAGCACCUGGGAGAAUGAUGGCGAUACCGUGCGGGGGCGCGGCUGGGUCCUCUCGUGGCUGAAGGUCCCCGAGGCCCCCACAGGCCUCCCGUCUGGCCUUGAGGGCUCUGCCUGUCCUCUCACCCGGGAGGGGGGCAAGGCCAUGGGGCUGCCCCUGCUGCUCCUGGCGUCUCUGCAGGCUGGUCACUGGGCACAGACAAAUCCAGAGCCUCUCUUUGAGAUGAAGCAACCAAGAGAACUCUCAGCCCCCGAGGGCGGCUCCAUUCACAUCCCCUUCUCCUUCUUUCACUCCUGGGCAUUAGCCAAGGAUCCCAACGUGAGAAUAUCCUGGAGAUGGAAACACUUCCAUGGGGAGUUCAUCUACAACACAACCCCUCUGUUCAUCCACGAGGAUUUCAAGAACCGGCUCUUCCUGAACUGGACACAGCGUGAGAAGACCGGCUGCCUCCGGAUCUCAAACCUGAGGAGGGAGGACCAGUCUGUGUACUUCUGCCGGGUGGAGCUGGUCACACUGACACACGGCAAGCAGGUGUGGCAGUCCAUCAAGGGGACCAAACUCACCGUCACCUCCGGCAGCAAGACAACCACCCAGAACCCCACCACCAUGGCUGCCACCACUGCUACAGCUGGCCUUAGGAACUCAGAGAGUGGAAAGAGUCCGUGGUCUUGGCUCGAGAGUACUGAAGCUAUAGUCGGGUUGGCACUGGCCAGCGUGGCGCUCGUAACCACAAUUGUGGGGCUGAUUGUGUACUUUAGAUGCAAGAGAAGCAAAAGUGCGCAGACUGAAGCCAGGACCCCAGCCAGGGAGUCCUCCCAAAACGCGGAAGAGAAUUACGAGAACACCGGGAAUAAAGGACAACAUGUAGACCCCAAGCCAGAUGCCAAGGAUGAUGGUGGUGGCAGCGGAGGAGUCCUCUACGCCUCCCUCACCCUCUCUACGUUAAACUCACCAGCAACAGCAGUGCCUCCCUUGCCCCGUCCCCAAGAGGGCCCCCAGGAAGAGACCCUAUACUCUGUCUUAAAGGCCUAA